UCGAACGAAGCACACGAUCGACACGAGAUUGGGGACACCACUGCCACUCGUCCACCCCAAUGGCGACCGCCAGAGCCAGUACGGCUCAUUUCCUCCUCAUCCUCCUCGCCACCCUCCUCUGCGCCGCCGCCGCCGCGUCGUCCUGGGACGGCCGCGAGCCCUGGCGCUGCGAGCGGCGGUGCGAGGACCGGCCCCGGCACCAGCGCGCACGGUGCGUGCAGGAGUGCCGGGAGGAGCAGGAGCGGGGCGGGCACGAGCUCGGCCGCCGUGGCGAGGGCUCCGGAGACGAGCGCGAGAGCGAGAGCGAGCAGGAGCAGGAGAGCCGCCGGCCGUACGUGUUCGACCGGCGCAGCUUCCGGCGCGUCGUCCGGAGCGAGCAGGGGUCCGUCAGGGCGCUCCGGCCGUUCCACGAGGCGUCCAAGCUCCUGCGCGGCAUCCGCGACUACCGCGUCGCGGUCCUGGAGGCGAACCCGCGCUCCUUCAUCGUGCCCAGCCACACCGACGCGCACUGCAUCUGCUACGUCGCCCAAGGCGAGGGUGUGGUGGCGACGAUCGAGAACGGCGAGAGGCGGUCGUACACCGUCAAGGAAGGCGACGUCUUCGUGGCGCCGGCCGGGGCGGUGACCUACCUGGCCAACACCGACGGCCGGAGGAAGCUCGUCAUCGCCAAGAUCCUCCACACCAUCUCCGUGCCUGGCAAGUUCCAGUUCUUCUUCGGCGCCGGCGGGAGGAACCCGGAAUCCAUCCUCUCGAGCUUCAGCAAGAGCGUCCAGAGAGCCGCGUACAAGACCUCGAACGAGCGGCUGGAGAGGCUGUUCGGGAAGCAGGACAAGGGGAUCAUCGUGCGCGCGUCGGAGGAGCAGGUCCGCGAGCUGCGCCGCCACGCCUCGGAGGGCGGCCACUGCCCGCACUGGCCGCUGCCGCCGUUCGGCGAGUCGCACGGGCCCUACAGCCUCCUGGACCAGCGGCCCAGCAUCGCCAACCGCCACGGCCAGCUCUACGAGGCCGACGCCCGCAGCUUCCGCGACCUCGCCGAGCACGACGUCCGCGUCUCGCUCGCCAACAUCUCAGCCGGGUCCAUGAGCGCGCCCUUCUACAACAGCCGCUCGAUCAAGAUCGCCUACGUGCUGGACGGCGAGGGCCACAUCGAGAUUGUGUGCCCGCACCUGGCGCAGGGCGGCGAGAGCGAGCACGGCCGCCGUGGUGGCCGGAGCGAGCGCAGGAGCAGGCGCGGCGAGGAAGAAUCCGAGGAGUCCGAGGAGGAGGAGGAAGCCGGGCAGGGGUACCGCACCAUCCGGGCGCGGGUGUCGCGGGGCACGGCGUUCGUGGUGCCCGUGGGCCACCCGGUCGUGGAGGUGGCGUCCCGGGGCAGCAACCUCCAGAUCGUCUGCUUCGAGGUCCAGGCCGACAGGAACGAGAAGGUGUACCUGGCGGGCGCCAACAACGUGCUCAGGAAGCUGGACGGCGCGGCCAAGGAGCUGGCGUUCGCGGCGCGGGCGCGGGAGGUGGACGAGGUGCUCGACGCCCAGCGCGAGCAGGGCUUCCUCCCCGGCCCGGAGGAGAGCGGCCGCGAGGAGGAGCACCAAGGGCGCCGCGGCCGCCAGGAGCGCGAGCGGGAGGAGGAGGAGGAGGAAGGGCGCCGCGGGCGCGGGCGCCGCGAGGAGCUGGCGGAGACGUUCCUGAGGCUGGCGACCGGCAGGCUGUGAGAGGCCGCCGCGGUGGCCAACGACGUCCGCACGGGCAGCACGCUUGAGCGGCGACGUGGGUACGUAGUACGAGACGUGUCGGACGCGCACGAUGUGUAUAUCUGUACGUGAGGUACGCGGAAGGCAGUAGAAUAAAUGCGGCUCCGUACUGUAUGCUACUGAGGCGAUGAUGUUCAUAAAUAAAUAAACAAAUAGCAGGUGUUCCGUAACCA